UACGAGCCUCGGCGGCGGGUGGAUGCGGGGGGGAGCGGAGCAGAGCGCAGCGGCUCGGCACGGCGUGGAGUGGGGUCACACCGGGGCCGUCUGACGUGCUGGGGAGCCGGGCCGGGCUCCGGUAACCGGCCAUGGCCUCCAAACUGCUGCGGGCGGUGGUGCUGGGACCCCCCGGCUCGGGGAAGGGGACGGUGUGCGAGAGGAUCGCCCGUAGUUUUGGGCUCCAGCAUCUUUCCAGCGGUCAAUUCCUGCGGGAGAAUCUCCGCGGGGGCGGCGAAGUUGGCGCCCUGGCGAAGCAGUACCUUGGGCGAGGCCUGCUGGUGCCAGACCAUGUCAUCACCCGCCUGAUGAUGACGGAGCUGGAGAAGCGGCGAGAGCAGCACUGGCUGCUGGAUGGUUUCCCUCGGACUCUGGGGCAAGCGGAGGCACUGGACAGGAUCUGUGAACUGGACCUGGUGAUCAGCUUGAACAUCCCCUUUGAGACGCUGAAGGAUCGCCUGAGCGCCCGCUGGGUCCACCCUGCUAGUGGGAGGGUCUACAACAUGGACUUCAACCCACCACACGUCCAGGGCGUGGACGACCUGACGGGUGAGCCGCUGGUGCAGAGCGAGGACGACAGACCCGAAGCUGUGGCUGCCCGGCUCAGGAAGUACAAAGAUGCUGCAAAGCCAGUGAUGGAGCUGUACAAGAGCAGGGGCAUCCUUCACUCCUUCUCAGGGACAGAGACCAACAAGAUCUGGCCGUACGUGUACACUCUGCUUUCCAGCAAGAUCCCACCAGUCCUCUCAGAUGAGGAGAACUAAACAGCCUGUGCCAAGGACCGAGACUUCAUUUGACCGCAGAUUUGGGCUCUCGGCACAGUGCUGGGGCCGUGCUCAGGUCGCCUGGUAUCUGAAGUCUGUUCUCCUGCGUGCUGGGUGACAUCAGUGGAUGUGUGACUAUAGCCAGUGUCAGGAUGAAAAGAUCUUUGCUUAUAAGGUCAAGAUUGCUAGAAUAAGUGUUCUUUUUUCUUUCCCUGUUGUGAGGCUAGAAAGUAAUCCUGCCUAUGGUCCAACACUCAGAUCAGUGAUGCAGACCUGGCUGGUGAUCAUACCAGGCUUUCAGAGCCUGUCCUGAUGUCCUUGCCACCCCAGUCUCUGGUUGAGCCAACAAUGUGCCAUCCACAGUCCUUUUUACUGCAGAUUACUCUCUAGGUUAGGAUGGGGUUGUUGUUCUUUGUUUAUUUUCUAGAGACUAUUUUCUAUUAAAUUUAUUUCUCAGAGAAAUAAAGCUCUAAAAAGCAAGAUUUAGCCUGGUGGGAAGAGGUGAGCAACGUGGAAAACACAUACACCAUGAUGCUCAGAGAUAUGAAGAUCCAGCAUUAAUAGACACAAAAGAGGGAACACCUGGGAGGUGAAGCACCUGUUUGGGCUUCUUCCAUGAAACUCCUGCUAGAAAAAGCUGCUGUACGGUUUAGUUUUCAUGAGAUGCUGUGACCCUGAGCAGGAUCUCUGCUGGGGAUGAGUUGCACCUCCUUUGUGCUUACUUUGUUUAUAGAUUUUAAUACUACAAGCUAAGAGUUUCUCCCAAGGAUGUAUUUCAGUGUGAGAAAUCAAGUCAUUCCAUCUGCUGUGCUGCCUUUGUCCUUUGGGAAGAUGUGAACACGGUACCAUAACUGCUUCCUGCUGCAGCAUCCCUGGCAGAAGCAGCUCCUUCCCCAUGAAUCCUCAGAGGGAUGAGAGUCUUCCCUUCCUUGGGACAUGAGCAGGGGCUGCUGAGGGUUGUGCCCAGGUGUAUCCCCCAGAUCUACAGCAUCACCUGAGCAUCUUGUUCCUCCCCUCAUGUCCAGGAGCUCUGUGGCUGGGUGGGUUUUCUCAACUGGAAGUACUGUAACUGUAGGAUGCAGUACCUAAGCAGUGGGGACAUCCUUGCUGUCUCCUUGAGUUGCCUUAUUUUAUAAACUCUAUAUUUAAUUAAAACAAAACAAAUGUGUAUUUUUAAAGGUUUAAAAACAAAAGAAGUGCUGGAUUUUAGCACUGAUUUUUGGGAGCUGGGAACAAAGCUGUUUGUGUUCUGGUCUGCCAUGGGUGGAGGGCAGGAAUGCCAUCACUCCUUGACACCCCUUUGAUUUAUUAGAGCAGCCUGGGCAGGUUUCUGUCUCUAAAACGUGGCUGGGGUUGGUUUUGUGGUGAGAAGGGAGAGCUGAGUGGCUUUUUGAGGGGCGCAUGGGCUCCCUGUGCCAAAGUUCAGUACAUCCCCGGGACUGUUUUCUCCCUGCUGAGCCACCCACCUCCUCCUGCUGGCAGAGCCCUGACACUUGCUUUCCCUGUUGGAGGCGCCUUUGCCUGGUGUUCUCCUGAUAACAGGGACAGAAGCCACCAGGCAUCUUCUGGGUGAGCUCCCUGCCCAUGUGCUACCUGCUUGGGUGAAAGCCAUGAUGCAGCAGGAGCAUCCCAGGUGGGAAGAGAGGGACAAUCACAUUUCACUGCUGUCCCUGGUGGUGUUUCUGUCCCCCACCCCGACCAGAGCGCCUGGUCUGAGCGUGCUAGGGCAGACUCAAAUCUUCCACCCUGCAAUGGAAAUCCUGUUUAAGAAAGAUUGUAGGUUUUCUCAUGACCCUCAGACAAAGGUCUGGGUGCUUUUAAACAGACAGCUAGAAAUAGCCCAAGUGUCUGUUUGCUUUGCUUUUUGACAGCCUUGGGCAGGACAGGAGGAGGUGAUGGGAGGGGUUUUCAGGCCAUAAAAGCAUCCUGGCCACAGUGGGUGUCUCUGUUGGAGCUGAGUGCCAGGCAGUGGGGUGCUGCUCCCUGCUUUCCCUUGCCUGCCUCUUGUAUCUUCAUCUCUCCCUGAGGACAAGCUUGCCCCAUGCAGUGCCAGCACCAGGGCAGGGCUUUCAGAUGGCUUUGCCCCAGGAGAACCACCCCAGAGCUUGUUUCAGAGGCUUUCAGCCCUAUGGUGUGUAUAGAAGUCCCUUGAGUGUGCAUGCAUCAAUCCCUUGGGGCAGAUUUUUCUACAAGAGUUGUCAUAGGGUGCAUUUGCAGAGGCCAAAUGCCAGCAGGGAUAAGGCCCUGGGGAGACCUGUGUCCCUGGCCUGUCGUCCCUGCUGUGCUCUCCUGUUUACUGUGACCACCACUCCUCUUCUAAAGCCCCAGCGAUUUUGUACCGACCCCAGACACGGUGUGCUGGGAGGAGCAGGGGCACCCUGCUACUGGGGCACUCCUGGCACAUCAGCCUGAGUUUUCUUCCCAGACUCCUUCCCAGUGACUCUCUGCAGCUGUGUUACUGCCUGAAAGAUGUAAAUAAAUUGUUUCCUCCUGCUUA